GUAGACAUCUGGCGCCACGGCUGUCUGCUUGUCGAAACAAUAGACAUCUGGCGCCGCACUGUCUGCUUGUCUAGUUAAACAAUUGCUGAGUCUGGCGCCGCGACUGUCUGCUUGCGUCUGGCGCCGUAUAGCCGUAUGUUCUGGUAAUUUCCAGACGCGAUAUUCUAGAAGGACACGUCGGCAUCAGCGAGAAGUGCGUGGCUAUAUAAGCCGUGGCAGCGCCAACGUAAUCAAUCAGUGCUAAGAGUAAACUGCUAUAGUGUAGACGAGUUGUGAAAUAAAGAGUUGUUGAAUUAAAUUAAACAGUUUUGGUUUUAUUUGUCAAUCCAGAGAUACGAACCUAACAAAGUGAACUAGCAGUAAAUUCGUAACAAUUGGUGUCAGAAGUGGGAUUGUCAAAUAAUCCAAAUUCCAGGUGGUUAAAUUCGGAGAAUUGAGAAUUCAGCAAUUAAAAAAGGAACUGGAGGAGCGUAAUUUGCCGAUAAGCGGGCAAAAGGCGGAUCUGCAGGCACGAUUACGUGAAGCAGUGGAAGCGGAUGGAAUUAAUGUGGACGAGUUCACAUUUGUUGGGCCAGAAACUUCUACAAAGGUAGAAGAGAAAGUAGAAGAACAACGAACAUCAUCAAGUGUAGACAUGAACACGUUGUUAGUGGCUAUUAAGCGAAUGGCAGAAAAUGUAGUGCAAACAGAAAAUCGUCUGGCACAGCAAAUGGCAGAAAAUGCAGUGCAAACAGAAAAUCGUCUGGCACAGCAAAUAGCCGAAAAUGCAGAAAAUGCAGUGCAGGCAGAAAAUUGUCUGGCACAGCAAAUAACGCAAAUAGCUGAAAAUACAUCACAGUUAGAGUCUCGCCUUACACAACAAAUAACUGAAAAUAAUACGCAGUUAGAAAAGCGUUUGGUACAACAGAUUACAGAAAAUAAUACACAAGUGCAAGAGAAAUUUUCAAAAUUUGAAGACGAAUUAAGCACAAUAAAAAAUGACGUAGAAAAUUUAAGAUCAGAAUUUCUUCAACUGAGUAAUCGUGUGCGAGAACUGCAACUACAUGGCCCUGCACCAUCAACAAAUAAUCAAAGAUUGAAGGCACCCACAUUCGAUGGAAGUAUUCCAUUUCAAAUUUUCAAACUUCAGUUUGAAAAGACAGCAAUGGCCAAUAAUUGGAAUGCAGCGGACAAGGUGGCGUCCUUGUUUGUAUCAUUGAAAGGACCUGCGGCAGAAAUCCUUCAGACUAUUCCAGACUGUGAACGGGACAACUAUGAGGCAUUGAUGAGUGCGAUAGAAAGACGAUAUGGUAGUGAGCACCGGAAACAAAUAUACCAGAUCGAACUGCAAAAUAGGGGUCAGAAGAUGAACGAGUCAUUACAAGAGUUCGCAACUGAAAUCGAACGACUGGCUCAUUUGGCAAAUGCAGAUGCACCUGUGGAAUACAUUGAGAGGGUAAAAAUUCAAUGUUUCAUAAAUGGAAUUCGUGAUGUGGACACCAAACGCGCCACAUAUGCAUUGCCAAAAAGAACGUUUGCUGAAACGGUUUCGCACGCCCUCACACAGGAAACAGCUUCCCUACUAAGUAAACCAGCACACAAAGUACAAAGAGUUGAAAUGGAACAACCGGCGCUGAUGGAAGAAAUAUUGAAGACUCUGAAGACAAUCGCUGCACCGCGAGUAAAUACAACAGGCAGAUGUUUCAACUGUGGAAAAGCGGGUCACUUUGCCCGUAAUUGCAAUAUAAAGGUAAACCCAUCAAAACGGAAUCAACCAACAGAACACCGAAAGAGGAUUCACCACAAAAAUGCGGAUGCAUUAUCGCGUCGCCCUUGUCCACUGGAACGUAAACAUUGCUCAAAAUCAGAGGGAAAAGAAGGUAUAAUCGACGUGCGAUUACUGAAUAUAGAACCUGAAGAUGAUUGGACUCCUCACCGCAUCAGAAUCAAUCAGCUGGAGGACCCUGAUCUUGCAAAGCUGGUAAUGGCCAAAGAAAAUGGGGUACGGCCACCAAAGGAACAAAUAAGUACCGAGAGUCCAACUGCAAAAGCAUAUUGGGCCCAAUGGAACAGCAUAAACCUCGUUAAUGGAUACCUUCAUCGUACCUGGGAAAGCGAAGAUGGCAAACAGUCUCGUCUGCUGAUCAUAGUACCGAAGUCCAUGAUCCCGAAAGUAUUGAAAGAAUAUCACAAUGGACCUAGUGGAGGGCACCUUGGAAUUACAAAAACUAUAGAGAAGAUUAAACAACGGUUCUACUGGAUCGGUUGUCGAGAUUCCAUAGCAGAAUGGAUAAGUAAUUGCGUAGAGUGCAUGGCAGCUAAAGGUCCUAAAGCCAAAAGUCGUGGUAGGCUACAACAGUGCAACGUGGGAUCACCAUUUGAACGAGUCGCAAUGGAUGUUGCAGGUCCGUUCCCAACCAGUACGGCCGGAAACAAAUAUCUACUGGUUGUCAUGGACUAUUUCAGUAAAUGGCCAGAAGUAUAUGCCUUACCAAACCAAGAAGCGAAGACAGUAGCCGAAGCGUUUGUAGAAAAUCGGAUAACAAGGUUCGGAGUGCCCGUCGAAUUACACUCAGAUCAAGGCAGGAAUUUCGAAUCUUCCAUUUUCCAAGAAGUCUGUACAUUAUUGGGCAUCCACAAGACACGGACAACAGCGUUACACCCACAAUCAGAUGGGAUGGUAGAGAGAUUCAACCGAACGCUCGAAGAACAUCUGCGGAAAAUCGUUGAUAAAGAUCAACGGAAUUGGGACAAGUGCAUCCAGAUGUUCCUGCUGGCGUAUCGUUCAGCAAAGCACGAGACAACUGGUUACACGCCAGCAAAGAUUAUUUUUGGAUCUGAUCUGCGACUCCCUGCUGAUCUUAAGUUUGGAACGAAUCCUACAGCUGUAAGAAAUGAUGGAGAUUAUUGUUCUGCCUUAAAGGAAGAAAUGAAUGAAUUGCAUCUAAUGCACUAUGGUCGGAAAUUUCAUUUCGUUGGCCAAAAGUCAAAAUUUUUGCAGUCCCGAAAUAUGUUGCGGUUUCUGAAAUCUAGUAGUCAACGCUCCAAAACAACCAAAAAUGAAUUUUGUUGUUGUAAUAUGCAAUUCACCGUUAUUCGGUGAGUCAUCGAAGUUGGAUUUGUUUGCUUCAUUUGUAAACAUAAUUGCGUUCGGUGUUUUAUAGUGCUUACUUCAAUUGCUUGUUAAAGCUGAAAACAAAGCGUGUUAAAUAAAAGUUUAAAUGGAACACGAAGGUGAUGUCGUCAUUUGUUUACAGAAUUCAGCAGUUUUUAAUAUUUGGUUGAAAAGAGUAUAUCCGUAAUGAGUUGUGGAAACAACUAAGUCUUCAUGUUGAUAUUCCGAAAGCAGGUGGUUGUGGUUCCACAAAUGACGGCAACACGUCGCGAAGAGCAUUUACGGAAUAUGAUAAAUUUUCGAAAAUUUUAGGAGUAGACACUGAAUUAAUAUUUCGAAUGAGAAUAAUAUUAAUAUGUUUAUCUUGUCAAUUUUCCCUAAAUUUGAAUAAAUUUGAAGAGUAUUGCUUUCAAACUGGUCAAUUAUAUCAAAGCAAGUACCCCUGGUUGCCAAUGACUCCCACAGUACAUAAAGUGAUAGUUCACUCAAAGCAAAUAAUACAGAAUACACAACUUCCUGUUGGUUACUUCGGAAAGGAUGCAGCUGAGUCACGAAACAAAAUAUAUAAAAGCGACAGACUGCACCAUGCACGUAAGACUAGCCGCAUUCAUAAUCUUUUCGAUGUAUUUCAUAGAGCUCUUGACACAUCGGAUCCAUUAAUUUCAUCUCUUCGCUUAAAUACACGUGUGCGCCAAAGGAAGCGUUUAACGCUGCCACUAGAAGUAAAGGAAUUAUUGUGUUGUGAGGAUAUCGGUGAAACAUGUGCGACUGAGAAUUUAGAAAAUAUGGAUGACGACGAGGGCGACGAGGACGAUUAUCCAGAAGAACUUGAACAGGAAAAUACAUUUUUGGAUAAUGAAUUGUAUUUAAAUUAAAGAGUUUAAUAAAAUUUUAAUA